AUGGACAAUCCUCGUUACGUCACUUACAUCAUCGAAAGUAUAACGGAAUACCUCAAUUACUUUAUUGCACAUCGGACCCCUCUUACAUUUCAAAUAAAAGCCACUCGAGACGAUCUUCUCUAUCGUUUGAGAACGACGGAAUUACUUUAUAUGUAUGAGAAAACGAUAGUUGACUUCACCCUUCCACACGACGUCCCGACAAACAUAUUCCACGUGGCAGAGAACUUUCAGAAGAUGUUAUGUGUGGCGGUCUGGAUGGGUGUCAGAACGAAUUGCGAUACGUCGUGUAUCACUCAUCCAACAGAAGAAAACUCAAGGGACUUAAUUGCGUUGGUGUGGGAUCUAAUGGAAUGUGAUUAUAAUAAAAAUAAUGAGAUUUUGAAAGGAAUUUAUCAAACUAAAGAACAUGAGAAGUGCGCAUUACUUUUGAAUAGAAUUUUUAAUAUUAACAGAAUCUAUCAAGAGUGGAAACCACCUCAACGGGGUAUGGAAAUCAAUCUCCACGUCAGAGUGACAAAACGAGUAAAAUCAAGAAUCUCAAAACGGAUGAGAAGAUCGAGAAAACCACAAAAGGAAAAAGGUAUAAAAACAAAGAAAGAAAAAAAUGGGAAUUAUGAAAAAAUCAAAGAAUCUGUAUUCGCGUGGCGGAAUGACAUCGAACAAAUGAAAAAAAAGAUUGAACAAAUGUCCAGGGAAAUUAUUAAAAUUGCGAAUUGUCAAAGUCUCAAUAACAACGAGAUCAAAAAAGAGAGUGAAAUGACAGAACAAGAGAACAAAGAACUUCAAAGUGAGAUUGUCGAAAUGUUACAUCAAAAACAAAAUUUGAGAGACGAGAUUGCGAACCUCAAGAACCAAAAUUUGAGAACUGAAAAAAAGUUGGAACGAGAGUGCAAAAAAGUCGAGGCGGCCAACAAAAAGAUGAAACACAAAAAAAAUCUUCUUGAGCAAAAAAUCACCAAUUUGAGAGUGGAAGAGAAGGCAGUCCUAUUGAAACAAUUAGAAAUAGAUAAUAUGAGAUUAAUCACAGAGAUCAAUUUCAUUAAAGAACAACAAGGAGUGAAGAUGGAAAGGCUUGAAGACACCAAGGAAACAAACUUGAAAAUAAAAAAAAACAAUUUAGAAAAAAACGAAAAAAUUUCGGAGGAGGAAAAAAUGUUUAAAAACGAGAAAGAAAAAAACUCAAAGCACAAAACAGAGAGAUUGAGAGUUGAAAAACUACGUAUGUCUUCAGAAAUAUUUCGAAUGCGGAACGUCGAAAAGUCAAUAAAAAUGAGUGUUUUGAGAUUGCAAGAUCGGAACAACGGCAUAGAGAAUGAAGGAUUGGUUUUAGAAAAUGAGUUGCAAACCCUUGAAACGAAAGGUGAAGCUCUUGAUGAGGAAAUUCAGACGCGAAAAACAAUUUUGGAAAUCGAAAAAAAGAAGAAAAAAGUGGUGUUCAGGCAAAAACAGGAACAAAGAAUCUUGCAACUGAAACGGCAACUCCUUGACUUUGGAUUUUUCGCUGAGGUUGUUGGAAGUGACGUGAAUGCCAAAGAAGAAUGA